AUGGCUUCUUCGGAGAAGUCCUCGGAGCAGCCGGAACCGGAGAAGAAAUCGGAGCCAGUGCCGAAACCGAAGGCGAAUCCAGAUCCGGUGGAUGAGUCAAAGGCAGGAGAUGAUGAUCCAGCAACAUACAUCAUAACCAUGCGUCAGAUUGUGGAGACUCUGCAUACAAUAUUUCCACCUGCGCCAGUGAAACCAAGAGCACAGCCAGAGCAAAUAAGGAAGUCUAAGAGCAGCAUUCCUCCCACGAGUGCCCCUCCUAAGGACCAGCAAGCGAAUCUGGAUAGACAAACAAGUGCUCCGGUUGAUUCUUUGAACCGUGACGAAUCCGAUAACUCGAUUCAGAAGCUGAAACGUAACCUCCGUCUGCUAGAGGAGGAUGUGGCUAAGCUAAAAGUACUCAACCAAGUGGUUGGAGAGGAGGUGAGCGGACAUAUUGAUCCACUUGGCAAACUGCUUCGGAAAGUUGAAAAUGGAUCCUCCAAAACUCAGUUGACCAAAGGUAUGAAGAAAGAUUUGGAUGCUAUCAACAAGAAGAUCUUUAACUUGAUGUGUCAGGUCCCUUUGCUCCCCAACAAACGCAGAAAGCCUGGAGAGUCAGAUUCUGACGCUGGCGAGGUGGAGAAUGACGGUAAAGGUAUCGAAUGCUUGCCCGGAAUACAUGUAAACGAGGAAGAUCUCAAAAGACUCGCGGUUUUCAGAGAAGUCAGAGCAAAGUUCACGGGGCUUAGUACUGACCGCCAGAUCUGCCUGCUGAGCUUCGGUGUGUUCCCGGAGAAUCAAGAGGUGAAUAGAACCAUGCUGAUGUAUUGGUGGAUCGGUGAGGACAUUCUGCCUCGUGGAGCCAAACCCGAAGACGCUGUGAAAGACAUUCUCAAGGAGUUCAUGGAGAAAAAGCUGAUUGAGCCUGUGGAAAACAAACGCAAAGUGGAGCCAAAUAGCUAUAAGAUGACACCUUUUGUGCAUUCUUCAGUGGUGCUCAUCUCAGAGGAGAUUGGACUUUUCAAUAUGUACCAAAAGGCGACGAAGCCAAAGAUGAAGCAUUCAGAGUUGAAAAAGGUUUGCCUUGUGGAAGAUUCUUCAAGCCAGCCAGAAGCAAAAGCUAAGAAAAUGCCAGCAGAGGAGAUCGAAACAGUGUUCAAUGUUUCUGAGAGGUUUCCGGAUUUCGCAUUCAAGUGGUUCUCGGAGGAACUAACAGCAACGAAGAAGAAGAAGUUUAACCCUCUAGGAAAAACUACGUUCAAGACGCUCAAGGUUUUUUAUUUGGGUAGAUGGGAGAGAACGGCCAAGCGCCACAUCGAGGUAGAGAGUCCUGAGCUUAUGAAAUACUUGAAGCAUAUGAGGAAACUCAGGCUCUUGAGUUUUCAAGGGAUCUCAAGAAUUGAAAGACUCGAUGAUGCUGUCUGUAAGCUUCAUGAGCUGAUCAUCUUGGACCUAAGGGCUUGCUAUAAUCUGGAGAAACUCCCAGACAAGAUAGAUUCACUCAAGGCACUGAUCUACUUAGACAUUACAGAUUGCUACAUGAUUGAUCGCAUGCCCAAGAGGCUGUCGUGGCUGGACAACUUGGAGGUUCUCAAAGGCUUUGUGGUUAGUGAUGCUACUGAUGAGGAGACGUUCUGUUUGCUCUCUGAGCUGAAGCACUUGAAGAAGCUGAGGAAGCUAAGCAUUACAAUUAACAAGGGAGGGGAGUUCACUGCAACUCAACUGUUUGUGGAUAUUGAGGAUUUCGUCAGCCUCGAGAAGCUGAAAGUGGCGUGGGGAGGUAUUAAUGAACACAAGAAAGACGUACCUACUGUUGGGGUCGCAAAGGAACUCUUCAGAUCGAUUACACGCAUUCCUAUUAGCAAAGUUCCCCCACAAGCAAAACUUUUGAGGGAUCCAAAGCAUCUUCCCAAGAAUUUGAAGAAACUGGACCUGCAGUGCUUUCCUGAUCCGGAACUUCCCUCAUGGCUUCAGCCUAGUCAAUUAGAUACUCUGGAGAAACUCUACAUUAAAGGAGGAACCAAACUUACUGGAUUUGAAAAGUUACAAGACCGGGAAGACCCUGAGGAGCCAACGAAGUGCAAUGUCAAGGUUUUACGUCUGAAGUUUCUUCCCAGGCUAAAAGUGGAGUGGAGGGAGCUAAGGGAGCUGUACUUUCCAAAACUGGAGUUCUUGGAUAAGUAUCAGUGUCCUCAAGUUAGCCUCUGCCCAUGCGAUGGUAUCGGAAUCUGGCGCGAGAAGUCUAAGCAACUCUGA